AUGCAAAUUUCCCAUUCUCUCAUUUUCUGACCCUUCCUCAUCGUUUCAAACGCGCGCGUAUUUCUAGUCCCUCCUUAUUUUUCGCUUGGAAAGGAUUCUGACCAGAGGAAUUCGGGUUUCUUCUUUUCCAUUUUCAAUUCAAAGACUCUUCUCUCCAAGUCGUAUUUUUUCUUCGGAUUCUGUGAAGAUAUUAUACAUAAUCUUGAUCCCAGUAACCGAAAAUGGAUAAUGGGGAUCUUGAUGGCAGUGGAGAAGAUGAGUUUCAUGGGCAGAGGGGUCGCAAGUACCGGCCCGUGUUGGCCAACGAUCGUGCCGUGCUUGAGAUGUCUUCCAUGGAUCCUGGAUCGUCGUCUUCUUCGUAUCCCAAUCAACCUGCUUCAGUCAAAACAAUUAAUAUAAAUGCGGGUGCAAAUGUGGGUUCUGAUGCGAAAGAAGGGAACUCUCCUCGUCAUGCACAGGCUAAUGGAAUGCAAGGGGAAUCCAAAUUGGAAUUGUUUGGUUUUGAUUCUCUUGUCAACAUUCUUGGGCUCAAAAGUAUGACUGGAGAGCAGCUUCAACAGCCAUCUAGUCCUAGAGAUGGUGAGAAUAUUUCCAUCACAGUUGGGCAGCCAAGGCCUGCAGGUCCCCAGCUUGGAACAUUGAUGGGUGUAUUCAUUCCGUGCUUGCAAAGCAUAUUGGGAAUUAUCUAUUACAUUCGGUUCUCUUGGAUUGUUGGUAUGGCUGGCAUAGCAGAGUCGUUGUUGCUUGUUACUUUAUGUGGCUCCUGUACUUUUCUAACCUCAAUAUCACUGAGUGCUAUUGCAACCAAUGGUGCCAUGAAGGGUGGUGGACCAUACUAUCUCAUUGGUCGUGCUCUUGGUCCAGAAGUUGGAGUUAGCAUUGGUCUUUGUUUCUUUCUGGGGAACGCAGUUGCUGGAGCCCUUUAUGUGUUGGGAGCUGUAGAAACUUUUUUGAAAGCAGUGCCUAAAGCUGGGAUUUUUGGAGAGACUAUCACGCAAGUUAAUGGUACUGCCAUUGCAGAACCGAUACACGUUAUAAGUUCCCAUGAUAUGCAAAUUUAUGGAAUUGUUGUGACUAUUAUAUUAUGCUUUAUUGUAUUUGGAGGUGUAAAGAUCAUUAAUCGGGUUGCUCCUGCUUUUCUUAUACCUGUUUUGUUCUCGCUGGCCUGCAUAUUCAUGGGGAUUUUUCUUGGCAAGAAAGGAUAA